AUGACGGAUGGGCGGCACCUGAACUGGGUCGCUGCCUUACUUAAUCCCUCAGAAAGAAUCCGCUGGGCUCCUCCCAUCUGCCGCCUACGUCCCACCGCCGUUGCCUCCAUACCCAAGAGAAAGGCUGAAGGGAAUGCUAAAGGAGGUAAAGCCAAGGUAAAAGAGGAACCACAGAGAAGAUCUGCAAGGUUAUCUGCUAAACCUGCUCCUCCAAAGCCAGAAUCCAAGCCUGAAAAGGUCCCUGCAGAGAAGGAAGAGAAGGUACCCAAAGGGAAAAAGGGGAGAGCUGAUGCUGGCAAGGAUGGGAAUAACCCUGCAGAACAUGGAGAUGCCAAAACAGACCAGGCACGGAAAGCUGAAGGUGCUGGAGAUGCCAAAUGA